GACCACUGGUCGCUCAUGUGGCGCGCGCCACUCGCAGUCGUAGGCAACAGAACUCGGCGAGGGGGGCUGUUGCGGGGAAAUGAGAUGAAAAUUCUUACUGUCUUCCGAGUUUCUCAAGGAAAUAUUCGUUCGUUUCAAUCUCAGGCUUCUGCUGGUUUCUAUUCCUUCUCUCCGAUUCAAUCUCGACUAGAACGUUCUUCGUUUGGGAUUGCAUUUGACAUCGAUGGAGUUGUUCUAAGGGGCCACCGUCCUAUUGGAGGAUCUAGCAAAGCUUUGAAGAGAUUAUAUGCGGAUUCUACGUCCUCUGGUACUUUGAAAGUUCCUUUUCUUUUCUUGACCAAUGGAGGCGGUACUCCAGAAUCCAAACGUGCCAUUGAAUUGAGUGAACUUUUAGGAGUGAAUGUCUUGCCUUCUCAGGUCGUACAGGGUCACUCAAGUUUUAGAAGUUUGUUGAAUAGUUUUGAGAACGAACUUAUUAUUGCGACUGGGAAAGGGCAGCCAGCUCUUGUUAUGUCUGAGUAUGGUUUCAAAAAAGUUUUCUCCCUCGAUGAGUACGCUUCCUUCUUUGAGAAUAUUGAUCCUGUAUCCCAGUACAAGAACUGGACAUCCCAACAAGCUUUUGAUUCGACCUGCAACCCCGAGAAGUUGAUGAGAAAGCAGAGUGUGUUAUCAGAAAGAGUGAAGGCAGCUUUUGUUGUUAGUGAUCCUGUUGAUUGGGGCCGGGAUAUCCAAGUUCUAUGUGAUGUUUUAAGAUCUGGAGGCCUUCCAGGACAGGAGAAUGGGAAUCAAGUGCCUUUAUAUUUUGCUGCAGAUGAUUUUGAAUAUCAGGCUGCAUUUCCUUUGAAGCGGCUUGGGAUAGGCGCCUUUAAAAUUGCACUAGAAAGUAUAUUUAAUAGGAUUCACCAUAGACCUCUCGAGUAUGUAUCUUACGGGAAACCAAAUCCUCUUGUGUUUAAGAAUGUUGAAACUGUGUUGAGACAGAUUCUCUCAUCUCACUGUGAUGAUCAUUUUGUGAACAAAGAAGAUGUUGAGUUUAAUGGUUUUAGAACAUUUUAUAUGAUUGGUGACAAUCCCGUGGUAGACAUCAAAGGUGCACGAGAGGCAGGACGGCCUUGGUUUUCUAUUUUAACAAGGACAGGAGUUUUCAGGGGCGAAGAAAACCACGUCGAGUUUCCAGCUGAUCUUGUCGUUAAUACCGUCGAAGAAGCAGUGGAGUAUAUUUUGGAGUCCGAAUGCAUUUCUUCUUAAUGCCUUUUGCUCUACCUAACAAUGAUCUCUCUCUUUUCAUCCUAAUUCGUUCUGUUGGUAUAUGCAAUAUCUGAAAUGCAGAAUGACAUACAAAUUCAACAAGUGCAAAGAAGUCGAGCAAUGAUCAAAGUGAGUAUUUAAACUUU